AUGGGCGACGCCGGCGAGACGCGGUCGCUGCGGCUGGCCGCCACCGCGAGGAAGUGGCUGGAGGACGUCAGCAUCGACCGCGAAGGCCACGUCCACCCCGCCGUAGCUAGCGGGGGGCAGGCGCUCGCCGUGCCCGCGACUGCUGGCGCCCGCGUCUCGCUGGCCGAACCCGGCCGCGUCAUCUGCUCGCUCCGCGUGCGCGCGCCGCUCACCGUGCGUUGCCUUGCCUUGUCUGCCGACGCGACGUCGUCGGCCUCCGCACGCGAGCGCGCGUCUUGGAUGCUCUCUGAGCCCGGAUCUGACCUGGUGCUUUCUUGUUCACGCGCGUUCGCGCGCAUGCAGGACGCCGGGGGGAGGUGGCACGCCGGGGCCAUCGCGGCGGCGGCGGACAACGUGUGCGCGGCGGCCGUGUUCACAGUGCUUGGCGCGGACGUGCUCACCGUCCAGUACGGCCUGUCCUACUUCUCGCCCGCCCAUCACGACGAGGAGGUGGAGAUGGACGGGCGCGUGGUGGGCCGGAAGGGGAAGCUGGUGGCUGUGACGGUGGAGGUGCGGAAGAAAGAGUCCGGCGAGCUGGUGGCAAUCUGCAGGCAGUGGAUGGCACCUAUCCAGCUGACAACAAAGUGCAACACAAGCACAAGUAGCAAGCUCUGA